UGCGGUCGCUAGUCCGCUCUCGUCUUACCCGCUCAGGCGCUCGCGAGUCGCGACGCCGCCGCGGCCGGGGCGGAAAGGGCAAAAGCAGCCGUUGCUGCUACCGCACUCGCCACUGGCCUGCGCGCGGCUGCUGCUGCUACCCCCCGUCACGUUUCCCAUUCCACCUCACGCGUCGCCACGCUCUGGACUGCGCCCCCCGGAAACGGACGCCGACGCGCGGCAGCACCCUCCUCGCGUCGCCGCCUUCCGGAGUCUUCCGCCCCUUCCGUUACCACUCGCCUAGGCGAACAUAAGGGGGGCCGAGAGGGGAGGGGGGCGCCGUGGAACCCCAAAUCUCUCCCUCGUUCUCUCCGCGGGCGGCGGCGGUGUGUGCGGGGUUGCUGUGCGGCGGGUGGCUGCGAGAUCUCGCGCUGGGCAGGAGGCGGCGGAAGGAGGGGAGCGGAUUGAGAGCGUGCGGGGAUGGCAGUGGCGGAUGUGUCGUCGGUGCUGGCCGCGGCGGUGGCCGCUGUGCUAGUGGUGCUGGCGGUGGUGGCGCACGGGUGGCUGCGGCGCGCGGAGGCGCGGAGGGAGGAGGUGCAGCGCCUCGCGUGGCACGCCGCGGAGGAGGUGGAGGUCGCUGAGAGGGAGGAGGCCUACUACUACGGCCAGUACGGCGGGUUCGUGAUGGCGUCCGACCUGGCGGAGGCGCCCCCGCUCUGGACGGCGCUGGAGGUCGCUCCGGCGCGGGAGGAGGUAGAGGCGGCGCGGGAGGAGGUAGAGGCGGCGCGGGCGUCCCCUCCCGUAGCGGCGGCGAUGGGGAAGGGGGCCUGUGCGGUGUGCGGCAGACCAACGACGUUCCGCUGCAAGAGAUGCAAGGCCGUCAAGUACUGCACCUUCAAAUGCCAGAUAGCUCAUUGGAGAGAAGGUCACAAAGAUGAAUGCCAUCCACCAGGUGUUGGUGCCAAGCAAUAUGAUACAAUUGAAAGUGUGAUGGCUGGAGUAGAGCCAGCGGUUAAGGGUAUGCCAUCUGAUAAGACAUCCUAUACUGCAGAGGCUUCUGCAGAUGGCCAUGGCAACGACGAUAGGUUUAUUAGAUUCUCUCAGUUUACUGGGCAGGCAGAGUCUGUUGAUUGUUCAAGACUUUCAACUUCUAGUAAAGCUUGCAAAGUUCAUGAUGCUGCUGUUCGUGAAAAAUUCUGUCAUACUGCUCCUGACCAGCCUGCUGGGUUGGAAUCUGGAUUGGAGCAAUCUAACAAACAAGCUCUUGGCACAGACAACCUUGGAAGCUCUAGACAUUUGCCAUGCGUGCCAGCUGUUGACAAAGUUCCUUUCACUCACAGUGGUGCAUAUUGUUUAGCACGUAACCCAUCUAAAAGGGCAGAUAAUCUUCCACGUCCGUCAGUUAGAUCAGAGAGUGCAGGUGUGAUGCCAAAUAAUCCGUCAAUGGAGAAGAAAAAUGCUAGGCAACAAACAGCUCCGAAAGUUGUGAGGCAUUAUCCGGCGGAAUUGACACUUUUUCCAUACAAACAUUUUGUCGACCUCUACAACUUCCAGAAGGUGGAAUUGCAUCCUUUUGGUCUUUAUAACCUUGGCAAUAGCUGCUACGCAAAUGCUGUUCUUCAGUGCUUGGCAUUUACCCGACCACUUACAGCGUACCUUUUGGGAGGACAUCAUUCACGAAAUUGUUCUAUAAAGGAAUGGUGCUUCAUGUGUGAGUUGGAAAAACUCAUUGUAGAGGGUAAGCGUGGAAAAUCUCCCAUAUCACCUACUGGGAUACUAUCUCAUUUGCAUGAGAUUGGGAGUAGCUUUGGCCCGGGCAGGGAAGAAGAUGCUCAUGAAUUUCUCAGGUAUGCGAUUGAUACUAUGCAAUCCACUAGCAUGAAGGAAGCCCAGAAAAAUGGUGUCCAUCGGCUAGCCGAAGAAACAACGCUGAUGCAAUUAAUAUUCGGGGGCUAUCUACUAUCUAAGAUAAAAUGCACCAAGUGUGAGGCCAGUUCAGAACAAUGUGAACGUAUUUUGGAUCUAACUGUUGAAAUAGAUGGGGAUGUCCGCACCCUCGAUGAUGCACUUCGUCGGUUUACAUCUACAGAAGUUUUAGAUGGUGAUAACAGAUACCAUUGUAGCAGAUGCAAGUCAUAUGAGCGUGCCAGAAAGAAGUUGAGAAUAUCAGAAGCGCCAAAUAUUCUUACCAUUGCAUUGAAAAGAUAUCAGUCUGGUAAGUUUGGCAAGAUCAAUAAGGUCGUCAGGUUCAAGGAGCACUUGAAUUUGUCUGACUACAUGAGUGCAACAGAUGAUUAUACCCCUGUGUACAAGCUGUAUGCGGUGGUUGUCCAUCGUGAUGAUAUGAAUGCAGCCGUUUCAGGCCAUUAUGUAUGUUAUGUCAAGGAUCCCCAGGGGAGGUGGCACGAGAUGGAUGAUAGCAAGGUGAAACCUGUUUCUUUGGAAAAAGUCCUGUCAACAUGUGCGUACAUGCUUCUUUAUGCAAGGUGCUCACCACGUGCCCCAGGCUUUGUAAGGAAAGCAAUGCUUACUCAAGGUCCAUCGCGUGCUAAGAAACCCAAGCAGAUGGCAGAUUCAGGAUCAGCGCCUUUGGGAGGAGGCAGUAACUUGAACAGGCACCAAGGUGGGCAGUUGUGCAAGGGUCGUGUAGCGCAUGACCUCACAUACAGAUUGGAUACAUCCGAUGAUUCGUCGUUUCGGGUACCGGGCUUUAGUCGAAGCGACAGCUCCUCGCUGUUCAGCAACUCUGAUGCUGGGUCAACCAGCACUUUCAGCAGUGAUAGCACUGACAGCACAAGGAGCUCUACCAGCAUGGAGGAGUGUGGUUACUUAUUUAGAAGCUUUGAUCAAAUGUGCCCAGUAAGCAUACCCGAGGAAGAUGAGCUUAGCUACUCGCGACAGAGGUCUAGCUUGAACCCUAGCUCAUCUUCAGGCCAAGACAUGGAUCAAGCAGGUGAAUUUGCCCGGCAGUACCAGCACAAGCAUCAGGCUGGCAGAGGGGUUUGGGAGGGUGGGGAGAAUCCAUCCGUCUCCUAUACUGACCAAGGUAAACACCAGGGUAGUAGCAGUCGUAGUCGUAGUUGUAGUCGUAGUUGUAAGUUAACAGAACAGCGUAGGGUGACAGGGGAGAUUGGCCAUGGCCCUAUAGAGGGCGGGGCGGCGUUUUACAUAGACGGCCAAGUAGGGAGAGGACGGCCCAGGUAUUUUAUUGAUACAGGCGGCUCGGGGUUGUAGAGAGAUUAAUCUUUUGUCAUGUAUGAUUUAUACCAUCUCAAUUUUAAAAAGGGGGCGGUUCAUAAAAGGGA